CUGACUUGGCCUGCCUGGGGCCCCUGGGUCGCCUUGGCGGCUCCUCCUCUCCCUCCCGGGGCGUGGACACGAGAGGAAGGCCUCGUGUUCCCCUCUCCCGCCCUCCCCUCUCUUUGGGCGUCUCCAUUCGCGCUUCCGCCCCACCCUCGCUUUUUAUUUUGAAACGCCUCCUGCGGCGUCUGUUCCGCCUCGAACCCGGGAGGUAGCAGUGCCAUCCGCAGAGAGCCUCCGAGAAGGUCGCUAUGUCGUGUGCGGCAGUUUUAAAAUUUCAUGCCUGUGGAGUAGUACUGUCAAGUCUGGAUUCCAUGUCUUUCCUUGUAAGUAAACCAGAACGAAUUAGGCGGUGGAUGUCUGAAAAGUUCAUUGUUGAGGGCUUGAGGGAGUUGGAUCUGUUUGGAGAGCAGCCUCCGGGUGACUCUCGGAGAAAAGUAGGCACAAAGGCUGAGGAUCUCAAUGGGGAAAAACAGAGACUCAUGAUGGCUGAAACCAAUGAAGCAAGCUCGGAAUCAAUAGCAUCUUCCCCCAAAAGGGACAUCAUGAGCAGUUAUCUGCCAGACAGUAGUUGCUAUGAGUUACUGACCAUAAUAGGAAAGGGCUUUGAGGACUUGAUGGCUGUGAAUCUGGCACAGUAUAAGCCAACAGGAGAGUUUGUCACAGUCCGGAGGAUCAACUUAGAGGCCUGCACCAAUGAGAUGGUGGCAUUUUUGCAGGGUGAGCUUCAUGUCUCAAAGUUCUUCAGCCACCCCAACCUUGUGCCAUAUAAAGCAGCCUUCGUAGCGGACAAUGAACUGUGGGUUGUGACCUCUUUCAUGGCCUAUGGUUCUGCAAAAGAUCUAAUUUGUACGCAUUUUAUGGAUGGAAUGAGUGAACUAGCCAUAGCUUAUAUCCUCCAAGGUGUAUUGAAGGCCCUUGAUUACAUUCACCAUAUGGGAUAUGUUCACAGGAGUGUGAAGGCCAGUCAUAUCCUGAUUUCUGCAGAUGGGAAGGUGUACCUCUCUGGCCUGCGCAGUAACUUAAGCAUGAUCAGUCAUGGGCAGCGUCUCAAAGUAGUUCAUGACUUCCCCAAGUACAGCAUCAAGGUCUUACCAUGGCUAAGUCCAGAGGUCUUGCAGCAGAAUCUCCAGGGCUACGAUGCAAAAUCCGACAUCUACAGUGUAGGAAUAACAGCCUGUGAGCUGGCUAAUGGCCACGUCCCCUUUAAGGAUAUGCCUGGAACUCAGAUGCUUUUGGAGAAGCUAAAUGGGACUGUCCCCUGUCUCCUGGACACGACCACGAUCCCUCCAGAGGAGCUGACCAUGAAACCGUCUCGUUCGGGAGCUAGUACUGGAACUGGAGAAGGCAUGGCAGCCAGCAAUGCCAGGGCCUCCAAUGGUGAGGCAGUACCACAUCCAUAUCAUCGUACCUUCUCGCCUGCCUUCCACCACUUUGUGGAGCAAUGCCUACAGAGGAACCCAGACUUGAGGCCAAGCGCAAGUGCCCUUCUCAACCAUUCCUUUUUCAAACAGAUCAAACGCCGUGCAUCGGAAGCACUCCCUGAACUGUUGUAUCCCGUCACACCAAUCGCCAGCUAUGAGGGCAUGCACGUGCAAGAUCCUAGUUGUAUUUUUGAACUGGUAUCCAACUUGGAACAGCUUGAGAUGGAAGACUGGGAGUUCUAGUCUGGUCCUGGAGCCUUUGUGAAGAAGCUUUCUAGAGACAUGGUUAAUUUAUUUAACCCUCUUCCUUUUCUCACAAAGCCAUGAUGAAUGUUUCAUUGCAGAAGUUUACACAUCUUCCUUAGGAAGUGAUCCAGAUGUUGGCACAAGGAUAGGAGCAGACCAAGCAUGGGUGGAAUACAUGGUGACUAUGUGGUGCUGGACCUCCAUUUUCUGCUGUCCAGGUUGAAGCGUGUUUGCCAUCAAAAUGAAGUUCAACUGAGCCCUUUUCCUUGUGUGCUGUUGCAGGAGUACUGGCCCAAGAGCAGGCAUUCUGGUGUCUUUCUUGUAGUCAUCCUCUGUUCAGAUCUACCUUUUGAGAGUGUUUGGGUGUUCAUAUGUUAACUACAAAGCAUUCUUGCCCAUAGGGUCACCAGUGGAAAACUGAUGGUUUUGCAAAACCAAGUAGCAGGUACUAUUUAUAGCUAAGCCUAAAUCAAAAUUUUGGUCACUUCUCUUCUUUUUUUAAGUUUGAGGGUAGGAUGUACCAGUGUGGCGGCAGCAAUGGUGCCAUUCCCUCUUUAAUUUUUCCUGUAUCUGCAGUGUAGGUACCACACUUCCCCAGAUGUGCCCUAGUAUGGUAUAUAAUGGUGAGGGAUGGCAGCUGCUGAGAGGACUUCUGCUUGCAAGCUUAGCAAAAUGUAAACACAGCCGCUCUGCCACUGUCAUGCUGGUAUGUCCUGCCCUCCUGUCUUUUAAAACCAAACAUUUUGUUUCAAAAACAUUUGCUUGCCCUCUGAAAAUCACCCCUCACUUCAACUCACUGCCUACACAGGAGAUGGCAAAGGGGCAGGGGCACUCUCACUCAACCCUGCUUGAACUGAGCUUAGUCUUCUGUCUAGAAUCCCCCCAUCUUCUCUCUCUUCCUGCCCACCUGCCCCCACCCUGUUGUUUGACAAAGACAUAUGGUAGGGAUGGCAGAUUAACGCCAUGGUGCUCAAAGCUGCCAGCAGCAAGUCAGAUGGGCAGCCUCUGUACUUGCUGGAUAAGGCAGCAUUUCUCACUAGUGUCAUUACGGCUGUCGUGGCUCACCUUUUUUCUGUGCAUCUAAGCAAAGCUGGAGUACUGUCUGCUACAGCUGUGUAGAACAUUCCAAACUCAGAAUGGGCUGUUUCAAGUGUUCCGAGCUUGGAACAGAACACCUCUUAAAAAGGUGCCUGGGUGGGUGGGUGGGGGCCCUGUUCCAAGCUCGGAACAAAACAAGCCCUUCUGUUUGGAACUUUCCGAGUGUUCCUGUUCUUUAAAAAAAAGAAAAAAAUAAAAUCGUGAGGGCAGUACUGGGUUCUUAACAUUAAAUUAAUCAAAGUACUCUCAUACCACUGCAGCACUCUGGCUGGCAUCUUGUAUGGCAGCAUGUUUCCCACUACAGCUCAUGUCACCUGGCCUCCACACAUGCCAGAGCACCACAUGGUGGCGGUUUGCAGUGCCUGCAUUACCACUGGUAAGGGUUCCAUUAAUGUUAAAAGGUACCUCUUGUCACCUCCAGCACCAUAAAUAUAUAUAUUUAAAUAAAAGCAGGAACACUCAAUGUUCAGACUGGCUUGGUCACCCUGGUGUUUCAGUCAGAACAUUCAGGCUCUUUUGCAGUCUGAGCUCAUAACAGCACACACAACCUAUUCCAUGCACACCUAUCUGCUCUUGUUCUUUAAACAGAAAACUUCACUUGCCUCCUCCAGAGAAUAGAUGAGUUGCUCUGAUACAUCGUCGGUUCCAGAGCAGCUGUCUGGAAUGAGAAGGCAACUUUGUCUAUUUCUCUUCCAAAUCUCCCUCCCUGCCUAUUUUGGCUGUAUUUUUUCAUUCUGAAACACCGUCUCAUCUGCUGUAGUCUUCAUCUUGCAUAAAUACUGACUGAUGAUGGAAACUUGCAGAAUCUCAAAUGUGUGCCCUUGUGGUUCUGCCUUUGCUAUGCUUCUUGCUGUGCACUGGCUUUUUCUUCCAAAUGUUUCCUGUAUAGGCUAUUUUCAGAAGCAUUUUUACCUAAUCCAGAUACUGAGCCCAGCCUCCUGCAUCUGGCUGGCUGCAGGACUGUGUGUGCGUGCAUGUGUGUGCAUGAGCAUGUUACGGUCUACUUGAAUCUAUGCCAAGUUUGCUCUUCUAGUUUUAUUGCCAAUAAAAGAUUAUUUCUGUA